UUAUAGGAAGAGUUUAGGCUGGAAGAGUGAAAGCAGAUAAGCGGCUUUACUUUAGGCUGCAGGAAAUCUGCAGCCAACUAUUGACACCAACAGUCUGCAGCCUGCUAAGGAUCACUCAUCUCUGUUAAGAGCUUGUCUGCCAGCAGCGAGAUGAAAGGAGUUGCUGCUGUUUGAGACACAGCAAAGAUCUCCAAAACACUGACUUGAUUUUCGGCUGUUUGUCAACAAAUGCAACCUGGGGAACUUACGAUGCCAUAUUUGUUGGUGCUGAUAGCACUACUGCUAGCUUCCCUCUCUGAGCCUCUUUCCCUAGAACACCUCAGGCAUCUAGACUGGCAGAGGGACAUGCGGCCAGGCCAGCGAUGUCCAGCAAAGUGCCAACGUGAGCAGUGCCCAGAUGCCAGGCUGCUCCAGAGCUGCCUAUGGGGUCAGGUCCGGGACCUGUGCGGGUGUUGUUGGGAAUGUGGUAAUGGAGAGGGUGAGCUUUGUGACCCUGAACCCAGGACUGGGUCCAUGUUUUUUGGUCAGUGUGCCGAGGGACUCCGCUGUAAAGCCCCACGCAGGGACCCCACAAUGAAGGCAGACCCCAAGCCUGUGUGUGUGUGCACCAAGCAGGAAAUUUUGUGCGGAACAGAUGGGAAGACCUAUGAGAACUUAUGCCAGCUACGAGCAGUGCAGCACAGGCUGGGUGAGCAGAAAAAGGUCAUGGUAGCACAUCAUGGACCCUGCACAGCAAAGCCAGUCAUCACCUAUGCGCCGGGUGACAUCAUCGCUCUGGAAGGAAGCAACAUCCUGCUUUCCUGUGAAGUUUCGUCAUACCCAGUGGCCUCCAUCCAGUGGAAGAAAGAGGGAGACAGUACUUUCCUUGCUUCUGAGGGUUCAAACAGAGCCAUACAGGCGAAUGGAGGCCCGCGGCGUUUUGAGCUCACUGCAUGGCUCCAGAUCCACAAGGUCGGCCCUGAUGAUGCAGGGGUGUACACAUGUGCUGCCAGGAACACCUUCGGUGAAACGUCUGCCUCCGCAAGAUUACACGUUAUACACAGAGGGUUUCAAAGGGGCAGAGAGCUUCCUAAAAAAAUAAAUGAAGCUCACAGCACAUCUAUCAAUGAAGCUGAGAGUGAAGAUGAUGAAGAUUAUGAGGGACAACCAAGUGGAUAUAUGUAUUUGUAAGAUAUAACAUUUCCAUCGAUCAAAGUUCUAACCACAUUUCAGGUCUGCAUAGCAUCAUCACUUCUGUAAAAUAGCUGAUGUCUUAUUUGAGAAAUUACCUGUUAUUUGAGCACUGUAAAUAAACACUUAUUGUAUGUUUCUAUAUUCAUUUAAAAAAAAACAAAUUGAUCAAGCUUAUGUAAAUGCUUUUUUGUUUUGACAUCAUGGUUAAUAUUUAGUUUAAGAGAAAAGAAAAAGUGUAAAAACGGAUUUGUGACUUAGUUAAUGAUUUUUUUUGCAAAGUAAUGCUUGUGGUAUGCUAGCAGUUUUAUUCACACAGCUUUCAUCUCAUUCUUCAUGUCAUCAUACAGUAUGAUUUACUUCUGCUUGUGUUAUUAAGUCCAUCGGCUGUAAAAAGUCACUUGUGCUUUUGUG